AUGUCUGCGGAGGCGGUUCAAGUCAAAGAAGACAAUGCGGCUAAAUCUCAGGCGAGAAAAAUCCGCCGUUAUCGCAGGCCACCAACGCAACGGCGAGAAGAGCUUGAUUCGAUCAAGCGCCGAUAUACCACGACCAAAAUCGAUGAGGAGACGUUCCAACUGCUGCUGAAGCCGUCUGAUCCGGACUUUGCCUUCCCUAUCUCGGUGCUUCCAAUUGAUCUCAAGCUUCCAAGGCACUAUCCUCACGGCCCCGAGCCAAUCGGAAUCACCCUGGCAUCUGACGAGGUGCCCCGCGGCCAUGCACUGAAUGUCGAACAGGCUUUCGACACUUAUCAGGGCACGCUGCGAGAACGCUUUGACAGAUUGGACAAAGAACUAGAAGGGCUACUUUCCAAACCCCCUCAAAAAACAAUCACUAUUGUUAAACGGGUGGUCAAGACUGUUCCAAAGACGCAGAGCACUCCCGACGCAGCGCCCACUGUCCCGGGAUCUCCUGGGCAAGCAGAGUCUUCUCCUGAUUCGAGCUCCGAGAGUAUGGACGAUCAAUCAGACUCGGAUGCUACGAGUGAGUCAGAUAGUGAGCCGGAUAUUCGCUUUGCUAGCGAUGACGAGGAAGAAGAGAGCACUACGCUGGCCAAGCCCGAGCAAAAGGGCACAGAAAUUGUGCUGCCAAACAUAGAGAUGGAAAACAUUGCUCUGCUUGAGGCAGUCAGUCUAAAUAUUCUCGUGAAAUGCGGGCGUUGCAAACACAUGCAUCCAUUUUCAAAUCUGAUACCUGGUCCGUACGGCGGCGAGUCAAAGCCACGCACCGAACCCUGCGAAACAUGCGGCCUGGGACUGAUGGCUGCAUUCAGAAAAGAGUAUGUACAUUCUAUGUGCUCGACCCUGGGAUUUCUUGAUAUUUCUGGCGGCACAGUUGGCGAUCUACAGCCAUCCACCUAUCUUCCAACAUGUGGGCAGUGCAGUGAGCCUGGCCCUCUAUUCAAGCAUCCGGACUUUGGCAGGAAAAUUACCCAAAAUUGUCGCAAUUGCCAUGCAAAGCUCACGCUGUUUAUUGAUUUAUUCCGAUUCGAUGUGCUGUCCACUGACACUCUUGGAGAAGCCAAACUCGUGGGACGGCCAGGCAGCACUGACAAGGUGCACUUGACAAAGGGCACGCCAUUGCCAAAGUACGGAGCUUGUCGCCAUUACCGCAAAUCCAUGCGAUGGUUCCGGUUCAGCUGCUGCAAAAGAGUGUUUCCUUGUGACCGAUGCCAUGACGAGGAAAUGAAUCACAUCGCCGACGCUGCAAGCCGUAUGGUAUGCGGUGCCUGCUCAAGAGAACAAAACUUUACGGACGAGUGUAAAUUCUGCGGCGCCAACUAUACAAUUCGCCGCACAAGGUUCUGGGAAGGUGGAAAGGGCGCGCGGGAUCGCAAAACACUCAGCCGCAAGGACCCUCACAAGUACAAACGGUCUACGAGUUUAGCACCAACUACUGAAAAAUCCAAAGUCAAGUUCCUUGGCAAGUCGCAUAAAGUAGCCCAUAGCUAG